AUGAGUCGUAGGGACAACGUUGGCUUCAUCGCGUGGCUCGUGCCCUUGAUUGGCAUCUCGACAAUGCUUAGCACCGAAUUCAUGGCAUGCACGAGUCAUUUCAAUUGUUUCGAAGCUUUUCCAACGCUGUCAUACGCUGCGACGUUCCGACCAGAAGGGUACAUUUUCAUGCUGGGCAUGAGCCUCACGGCUGUCUUGAUCUUCGUGUCGAUCUCGCUCUUUUUCUGGUAUUUGCGUCUACGUACGCGACAGCAGAGACACAACUCAUCGGGGAAAAGCAGUACGCAGUACGUGGCAGUGGGCUACACGUGUCUCGUGUUCGGGCUUGUGACAGCUCUCUCGCUGUUUGGACUGGCUGCCAUGGAUAUGCAGGCUUAUCAUGAUGCACACAUUGUCUUUACGGUCGUGUUUUUCAUCUCGGCAUGGGUGAUGAUGAUUGCGGUGCAAGUUGCACGGACAAGUACUUUGCAUGAGGAUGAGGGUGCAGACGUUGAUGGCAAGAUGUCGAAAGGUGAAAGCCUAUUGACUGUGCUGCAGCGUCGGUCCUUCUGGACGUCCCUUCGUCGCUGGAGACGGUUCGAUUUCUUCACGGCGUUUACGCUCGGACGCUUGUUGCUGUGUAUGGGACUGGCGUCAACAUUCUUAUUUGGUGUCUUUUUCUUGUGUGCAAACGGCGUGUGGUCGAAUCCGUUGGGCUUUACUGCUGUCGAAGAAGCCUGUUUCGAAGCUUUUGCAAUCGUGUGUCAGCUACUCUUCAUGGGAACAUUAUCGUGCGAGCUCGCACAUCUCGUACGGCUUCUUGAACACAGCAACUUCACAGCGUCAACGAAGUCCGGGAGGAGUGAAUAG